CAGGCCGCCGGUUGUGGGUCAGAGCCGUUUGCGUGCCGCUUGCCGUCGGGUCUUUGGCCCCGGCCCCCGCGGGCGCCGAUUUCGUCCCGUCAAGGCCCGGCGCAGUGCGGAGCCGGGGCCGGGAUAGGGACAGAGGAGCGGCGCGGAGGGCGGUGCCGGAGUCGCGCAGCCAGUCGGACGGGUUGCGCGGGGCCCGGCGUGUCUGGGCCGGACGGAGGAGCGCUCGCCGUGCCUCCCUCCCGCCGUGCCCGGCUCUCUCGUUCUCCCCCCGCGUCCCGCCCGCCCUCCUUCCUCCCUUCGUUCCUUCCUUCCCUCCUCUUUUCCCGGCUCCUCCGAGUGGGGGGCGGCGGAUGCUGGCGGGGCUGGAGGUGCGGGAGGAAGAGGAGGAGGAGGAGAACUUUCCAGGACGCGGCGGCGACAGCGGAGAGGGGACCCCUCGGCGGGGCAUGGACGGGGCGGCGGCGGAGCCCCCCCCGCGCGAGGGCGGCGGGCCGGAGGGCGGCGGGAGCCGGGAGCGGCCGCUCUUCUCCCCCUCCGCCGCCUUCGAGCCCGGCUUCUCUCAGCAGCCGCAGCCCGAGGAGGCUCCGGGAAGGCGGCGGCGGAGCGGGCGUGAGGAGCCCGAGCGGAGCGGCGGAGCUCGGGGGAGAGGAGAACGAGACAGAGACAGAGCGAGAAAAAGGAUUGAGAAACGAGCACACAUCCUUUAA